AUAUAUAUGUAAAGGCCCACGAGGAUAGCGAUAAUCGUUGGUGAAAUUUUUUGGAGAUUUUUCAUUUCUAAUCAUUUUUGCUCCGAAUUCUGAGAACGAUGGUUGCGGCGCCAGAAAAUUCAGAUUCCUCUCCCGCUUCAGUGCCGCCGCCGGCGUCAGUUGAGGAUAAGGAAAAAGCCUUGGUUCCAGUGCCAGUCUCGAAUAAAACCAAAGAAGAUUCUGUACCAAAGAAAGCCUCCGGUGGAUCAAUUGACAGGGAUAUCGCUCUUGCGGAGGUUGAAAAGGAGAAAAGGUUUUCCUUCAUUAAGGCCUGGGAAGAUAGUGAAAAAUCAAAGGCUGAGAACAAGGCCCAGAAGAAGCUCUCUGCUGUUUCUGCAUGGGAGAACAGCAAAAAAGCCAACCUUGAAGCAAAGUUGAAAAAAAUUGAGGAACAAUUGGAGAAGAAAAAGGCUGAAUAUGGAGAAAAAAUGAAAAACAAAGUAGCCAUCAUUCACAAAGAAGCAGAAGAAAAGAAGGCAAUGGUGGAAGCGCAACGGUCGGAGGAGCUGCUAAAGGCGGAGGAGACGGCUGCCAAAUUCCGAGCAACCGGAACCAUCCCGAAGAAAUUUUUGGGAUGUUUUUAAAAGCGUGAUGAAUUAAUAAUCCUGUGUGUAUUUUUCCUGUUUUUACGUGUAAAUCUUUUCAUGUUUGGACGUUCGUCUUAGUAGUGUUUUAAGAAUUUUGUUUUGUUUCUAUAAAAAUGUAAGAUAAAAGUGGUGUUUUGGGUUUUGUUUGUGUGUUUCAAAAACUAUAGUAAACUUUAAAAGCUCAUUUCCAUGCAUUAUACCAUUUA